GAUCCAUCUUUCUCUCUCUCUCUCUCGCUAUCUACCACUGACCAUCAUCAUCUGUAAGCAAAGACGCCCGAGUAAUUAAUACCCCACAAAAGAAAAGAAUGGAACCCUCGUCGUCCUGCCAUCGGAAAAUGGAGGCCAUGAAAGAGCUGGUCCGAGGCCAAGAUCUGGCCAAGCAGCUACAGGAGCUCAUGUCCCGCGGCGGGUCGCCUUCGGUCGAGGACGCCGCCGACCAGCUCAUCACUUCCUUCACCAACGCUCUCUCCAUGCUGAGCAGCUCCGAAUCCGACGACUGCUCGCAAGUCUCGGACGGUCACAACAACAACCACGCCGCCACCAGGUCCGAAGGUUCCUCCGGGGAGAGUAGCAAGCGCAAGGACGGCAGAGGACGCUACAAGAGAAGGAGGGGUUCGGAUACAUGGUCAAGAAUCAGCGCUACACUCAUCGAUGAUGGUCAUGCUUGGAGAAAGUACGGCCAAAAGUUGAUCCUUAACUCCGAUUUCCCCAGGAGCUAUUAUAGGUGCACUCACAAAGUGGAACAGAAGUGCCAAGCGACCAAGCAAGUCCAGAUGAUAUCCAUGGACCCUCCCAUGUAUCGGAGCACGUACUAUGGCCACCACACGUGCAAGAACCUGCUAAACUCCCCUCAGAUCAUCGGCGAUCCUGAGGAUGAGGACGCCAAGAACCUCGUCAGCUUCGGCAGCAACGCCGCGAGCUCGCAGAACAACCCCUUCUUCUCCUCGUUGGGCUUCGGGUCGAUCAAGGAGGAACACAAGCAAGAGAUGGUGCCGGAGGGCGAUCACACCCUAUUCUACACCCAACCGCCGCCUAGUGAUUGUAAUUUUCCCAUGGAAUACUGGCCGAGAGAGCUGGAUCAGCUUGAGGAUUUCAUGCCCUAUGCAUCUUAUCGAUAUAUAGGGUCAUCGCCUCGAACCAGUGUUGGUACUCCUGAGGUCCAUCUGCACUAUUGAAACUGGUGGGCCUCAUCAAUUUUUACUGAUCAGACGAAUGUGUGCCCUGAUCUUUGUGAUGUUUUCUACUCAAGAUGGAGGUCGAUGGUCACUGAGAUUCUCCAAUGUUGUAAAAUCUAGCCUACUAAUUCGGAAGAGAUCAAUAGUUAGUCCCUUUCAGUAUACAUUAACGGGAGAAUCCUUUGUGUCUUCUCACAUUGAUCAGCUCAGUGGGAGCUGACAGAUGGUCUCCUAUUAGUUUGGUCAUGGCUUGUGGCUUCAUGUCCUUUGAUUGGUAAUACUUCAAGUUUUGGAAUUUU